CCGCGUUUCCCAAAAAUUAAAAGCUGGAACUCUGCUUUAAAAACAUACUCACUUGCUUCCUCUCCCUUCCCUUCAUCUCUCUCUCUCUCUCUCUCUCUCUCUCUCUCUCUCUCUCUCCCACUAUGGCAUCAGAAGCUAUCAGAUCCGAAUCGUCCAACGGCAGCGGACCCGAGUCGAAUCCGAAAGUGGCAUUAAUCACGGGAAUCACGGGCCAAGAUGGAUCUUACCUAACUGAGUUCCUCCUCAACAAAGGCUACCAAGUCCACGGCCUGAUCCGACGCUCAUCCAAUUUCAAUACUCAGCGGAUCAACCACAUCUACAUCGACCCACAUAAUGCCCACAAGGCCCAGAUGAAACUCCAUUACGCAGAUCUCACUGACGCCUCUUCUCUUCGGCGCUGGCUCGAUACGAUUUCGCCUGAUGAGGUCUACAAUCUCGCCGCUCAGUCCCACGUCGCCGUUUCGUUCGAGAUUCCUGAUUACACUGCUGACGUGGUCGCCACGGGGGCGUUGAGGCUUCUAGAAGCGGUUAGAUCUCACAUUAGUGCGACGGGGAGGUCCCACGUUAAGUAUUAUCAGGCCGGGUCGUCUGAGAUGUUCGGAUCUACUCCGCCUCCGCAGGAUGAGACGACGCCGUUUCAUCCGAGGUCUCCGUAUGCGGCUUCCAAAGUGGCUGCGCAUUGGUAUACUGUGAAUUACAGGGAGGCGUAUGGGAUUUUUGCGUGUAAUGGGAUCUUGUUUAAUCACGAGAGUCCGAGGAGAGGGGAGAAUUUUGUGACGAGGAAGAUUACGAGGGCGGUGGGGAGGAUUAAGGUUGGGCUGCAGAGUAAGCUGUUUUUGGGGAAUUUGCAGGCGUCGAGGGAUUGGGGGUUUGCGGGGGAUUAUGUUGAGGCAAUGUGGAUGAUGUUGCAGCAGGAGAAGCCGGAUGAUUAUGUUGUGGCGACGGAGGAGAGUCACACGGUGGAGGAGUUUUUGGAAGUGGCGUUUGGGUAUGUCGGGUUGAAGUGGAAGGAUCAUGUGGUGAUUGAUAAGAGGUAUUUUAGGCCGACUGAGGUUGAUAACUUGAAAGGGGAUUCGAGUAAGGCUAGGAAAGUGUUGGAGUGGAAACCGAAAGUUGGGUUUGAGCAGUUGGUUAAGAUGAUGGUGGAUGAAGAUGUUGAAUUGGCGAAAAGAGAGAAGGUUCUUGUUGAUGCUGGUUAUAUGGAUGCUCAACAACAGCCUUGAUCUAGGCUGCCGACAUACAUUUUCUUCUCUUUAAUUUGAUUCCUAGUUUCCCAAAUCUCAUCUGUUCAAUUAUGGAUUAUUGAGUCUUAGAUAUCAUGUUUAUUGUUUCUUUCACUCUGUUGUUUCUGAUCUUGAUCUACAGGUUGUUUUGUGUUAUUAUAUCAUCACUCUUUUAAGUUGAGAAAGUUCAUCAAUGUUUCUUUGUCAUAUUACAAUAUGUUCAAUGUGCUUCAUUUGUAACAAGGACAAAAUUCUAUAAAAUUUUGGUUAUCAACAACUGUUGUUUAGUGCUUGA